CUUUGGAGAUUACUGUACUUUCGGCUUUUCGCGUUUUUGUGUUACCCACCAAAAAACCGAAACUCAAAACAAAGGGAAACCCCAAAAGCUCCUCGCCUCCUCCAUCUCGGAGACGCCAAAGCCAAAUCUACUACUCUCUGCAGCCUAAACGACGCCGCUUCUGUCCCGCCUGCUACUCGUGAGUUCCUAGCCAUUGCUCUCUCUCCAUUUCCCCUAAGCUGCUUGGAGUCACAGGUUCCCUUUUAGGGUUUAAUUAGGAGGUAGAAGUUGUUCACUAUGGGAGAUAGUGAGAUGGUAGUUGCUGAAGCAUCUGCAGUCACGGAGUAUGAUUCGGCUGGAUAUGCUGCUACUGGCUAUGGUGAUACUAGUUCAAAUGUUGUUACCGAUUCUAGUGUUUAUCCCACAGAUGGUACUGGAGUUUAUGCGGCUUCUGCUGAUGGAGCUUAUACUGUACCACCUGCUCCUAGUUUUGCUGAUGGAAAUAUGUAUGGUACAGAUGCUAAUUCUGUCAUACAAGAGGCCCAUGUUAAUGCAACAUAUGAGACUAAGCCAGAUGUUGAAAAGGGAAGUGCUAGUGAGAAUUUAGUUGCUACAGGGACUGCAUUGAUAGCAGCAUCUCAAGUUGCUGCUUAUGACUCUUCUGUAAAUGGCAGCGUUGGAGGUGAUGCAGGAAGCAUUACUUCAGCUAAUGGUACUGCUGCGGAUAUUGCAGAGGGAGCUACUGCUGCUACUAUGGAUGGUUUGGUUCCACCAAUGUCAGGCGAAGAAGAGCGAUUGUGGAGUAUUGUGAGGGCUAAUUCCCUGGAUUUUGAUGCAUGGACUGCCUUGAUUGAUGAGACAGAGAAGGUGGCAGGGGAUAACAUAUUGAAAAUUCGAAAGGUGUAUGAUACCUUUUUGGCUGAAUUCCCAUUGUGUUAUGGGUAUUGGAAGAAGUAUGCAGAUCAUGAAGCACGAGUUGGAUCUAUGGACAAAGUUGUCGAGGUAUAUGAACGAGCGGUUCUGGGGGUGACGUAUUCGGUGGAUAUUUGGUUGCAUUAUUGCAUAUUUGCCAUAAACACGUAUGAAGAUCCAGACACCAUUAGAAGGCUUUUUGAACGGGGAUUGGCUUAUGUUGGAACAGAUUAUCUAUCUUACUCCCUUUGGGACAAGUACAUUGAAUAUGAAGAAAUGCAUGCACAGUGGAGCCAUGUUGCCAUGAUUUACACGAGGAUAUUAGAGAUUCCAAAUAAACGCUUGGAUGAUUAUCUCACCAGAUUUAAGGCUUUUGCUGCAACUCACCCUUUAUCAGAAUUAACAACUCCUGAGGAAGCUGCUGCUGCAGUGCCCGCUCCUUCAGAGAGUGGUGAUCAAGCAAACAUGGGAGAAGUUCAUGCUGAUGCUGCUGAACAAUCCUCUAAACCUGUAAGUGCUGGCUUAACAGAAGCAGAGGAGUUGGAGAAGUAUAUCGCCAUUAGAGAAGAGAUGUAUAAGAAAGCUAAAGAGUUCGAUUCUAAGAUAUCUGAUUUUGAAAAUGCUAUUAGGAGGCCUUACUUUCAUGUGCGGCCCAUCAAUGUUGCAGAGCUUGAAAAUUGGCAUAAUUAUCUGGAUUUUAUAGAAAGAGAAGAUGAUUUGAACAAGGUGGUGAAGUUAUAUGAAAGAUGCCUAAUUGCUUGUGCCAAUUAUCCUGAGUAUUGGAUGCGUUAUGUCUUGUGCAUGGAAAACUGUGGAAGUAUGGAUCUUGCUAAUAAUGCUCUUGCUCGUGCCACUCAAGUGUUUGUCAAGAGACAACCAGAGAUUCACCUCUUUGCUGCCCGAUUUAGAGAGCAGAGUGGAGAUAUACCCGGUGCCCGAGCUGCAUACCAACUUGUACACACUGAAAUCACACCUGGCCUUCUUGAAGCAGUUGUUAAGCAUGCAAACAUGGAACAUCGGCUGGGGAACCUCAAAGAUGCCUUUUCUUUGUAUGAACAGACCAUAGCCAUUGAAAAAGGAAAAGAGCAUUCACAGGUGUUGCCUAUGCUGUAUGCACAAUACUCUCGGUUUCUGUAUUUGGUUGCGGGAAAUGUGGAAAAAGCUAGGGAGGUUCUAGUUGAAGCACUUGAGAAUGCCCCAUUAUCAAAACCGCUGCUUGAGGCCUUUAUAUAUCUAGAAUCAUUUCAGUCACUGCCAAAGCGGAUUGAUUAUUUAGAUUCAUUAGUUGAGAAGCUUAUAGUGCCCAACUCAGAUAGUCUCAAUGUGGCAAGUGCUGCUGAAAGAGAGGAGCUAUCUUGCAUUUUCUUGGAGUUUUUAGGUAUGUUUGGAGAUGCUCAAUCUAUUAAGAAGGCUGAUGAUAGGCAUGCAAAGCUCUUUUUACCCCAUAGGAGCAAGUCGGAGUUCAAAAAACGUCAUGCAGAGGAUUAUCUAGCUUCAGAUAAGACAAAAUUAGCAAAAUCUUAUGCUGAUGCCCCUUCAUCAGCACAGUCACUUAUGGGUGCAUAUCCAAAUGUGCAAAACCAGUGGGCGACAGGUUAUGGCUUGCAGCCUCAAGCUUGGCCGCCUGUUACACAAGCACAGACCCCUGGCUAUGGUCAACAGACUGCAUAUGGAACAUAUGGUGGUUAUGGAAGCAACUAUACUAACCCUCAAGCACCCACAUCUGUUCCACAAACAGCAGCAUAUGGUGCUUAUCCCCCAACAUAUCCUGUCCAGCAGGCUUACCCUCAACAAGGUUAUCCACAAGCACAGCCACCUGCAGCAGCCACAUUGGCCCCAGCUCAGCAGCCAGCUUCUGUUCCACAGCCAUAUUAUGGAAGUUACUACUGAAUUGGGAGAAUCUAGUUUUUUGUGUUUUUUUUCCCCCUGUAAUCUUUGUUGGCUUACCAGUCAUUUUUCAUGCUAAAAUGCAAGGGAAAUGAAGCGUCCAGUAGCUGAAAUGACACAAGGGAAUAGGAAGAUGUUAAAUUUCAUCCGUUUUAGGUGCUACUGUAGCAUUGUAGUUGGAACAUCAUGUUAUCCUCAGCAAUUUUUAGGUAUUUUUGUUUUUGUUAUUAUUUUUUUAAAAUUUUGUGGUUGUGAGAACCUUGACAUUUUGCACGAUUUUGCUUAGGAUAGCUUUGGAGUUGAUAAUAUGUAUGUACUGAAGGAAAAAAGAAUAGCAACUUGUUUGGAAUGUGGUAAAAUGGAUGUUAACCUAAAAUCCCAAGUCAUUUUUCUA